GGCCGCGGGAGUGAGGCCGCCGCCGGCAGAGAGAGCGCCGAGGGAGGCAGCGAGAUCCGGGCGCGUCUCGCCCCGCGCCUUCUGCCCGGCCCGGAGCGGGGCAUGCGGCGGGCGGACCUCCAAAGUGAAGACUUUGCCUCGGAGCUGCGGCUGCUGAGGCUCAGAUGCCGACUGUGAGCAGGGUGGGUUGUCCUCUUCCAGGAUCUCAGGUCUGAGUGAGUCUCCGGUGUACGUACGUGUAUAUAUGUUACGUGUAACAUAUAUCAUAUAUCGCAUAGCUCUUAAUAUAUUUCCCCUCGCAACCGGCCAAAGGCUUUAAUAUGAGUUCCUCUCUAUGUGGAAGCAAAGAAAUCUUCUUUCAAGCGGAGCUGCAGUUUUGCUGAAUAAUCACGUGUGAGUUAGGGGCGGGCUCUUGGCAAGGAGUUUUUUUACGAGUAUUUACUACAAGGUCUACUCCAGAAGAUUAACCAUCCCAAUCCUUCUGUCAGUCUCCGAUGCCAUGCCUGGUUAAAAAAAAAUCUCAUCUUUUUCUGAUCGUCAGUCACCCUAAAGAAUGGCCGAGCCUUCUGGGAACGAGCUGGCGUCCGCGGCUGCCAAGGGGGACCUAGUGCAACUCACUAAUUUGUUGCAAAAGAAUGUAAACGUCAAUGCACAAAAUGGAUUUGGGAGGACUGCGCUGCAGGUGAUGAAGCUCGGCAACCCCGAGAUCGCCCGCAGGCUGCUGAUGAGCGGCGCGAACCCCAACCUGAAGGACAGUACCGGCUUCGCCGUCAUUCACGACGUAGCCAGAGCGGGUUUCCUGGACACUUUGCAGACCCUGCUGGAGUUCCACGCCGACGUGAACAUCGAGGACGCGGAAGGCAACCUGCCGCUGCACCUGGCGGCUCAGGAGGGCCACGUGCGGGUGGUGGAGUUCCUGCUGCGGCGCACCCCGAGCCGCGUGGCGCACCAGAACCGCCGCGGCGACACGGCGCUGGACCUGGCCCGGCUGUACCGGCGCAGCGCCGUGGUGCGGCUGAUGGAGGGCGGCCCUCCGCCCGCGGCCGACGCCGACUGAACCGGGCCCCCUCGGACCUUGCGGCUCCCAGCCUCAUUCUUUUAUUAUUUUCUUUUUUUUUCCCCUCCUUUUGAAUAACGUUUGGUUCAACCCUACUUUUUUUUUUUUUUUUUUUUUUGGUUGUUGUUGUUGUUAUAUUUUUUUAAUAGUCGAUAGCGUGAGUUCAAGAAGUUGUAGAGGUGGGGUUUUAGCUGAGGAACAUGAUUUCAAUGCACGGUGGCGGCACGUCGCUACCGCUGCCGCUCACGGCACUCCUUACCCCGCCGUGCCCACGCCGCCGCUCGCACCGGGCUUCCAGCACCAGGCUCUGCAGUGUAUCCCCGCUCAUUACUCAGCCAUUAACCCGAACGCUGCGCAUCCACCGCUUAAUGUUCCCUUUCCGCUCCAGGGGAAGGAAACAACCCGCGGGGAUUCUUCCCCCUCUCCCCGUUCCCUCCCCACCCCCCGGCUCAGCCUGACGCGUGUUGGGGUCGGGCGGGGACCGGGAGCGGCCCGGCCGGGGGUCACCGGGCCCGGGAGAGCCGCUUCGGGCAGCUGCCUCAGUUUGACACUAACAGGAGCUCGUAGGAGUAGGUCGCUUGCUUUCUAAAUGUAGAUGACACUUUUCCACUUUGUGUAUUUAAACUUUCACCGAGCUGCCUUUGAGUUUAGUUACCAGAAACAACAUAAGUGGCUCUUUUUUUUUUUUUUUUUUUUUUUUUUUUUUUGGCCAGAGGUUUCGAAGAGCUGAGUUGGCACCCCGCGCCGAAAAGUACAUUAUUUUCCAGUUUCAAAAUAGCAGAUAGCCAUGGGCAGAGGUAGGAGCGUGAAGGGGCUGCAAUACUACAGCUCCUCUGGUUCCUGCCCCUCUGGUUCCUGCCUGAGCUGAGUGCCGUUUCGAUGAUCGCUUCGCAUCCACCCGUUUUGUUUUGUCUGGGG